AUGGAGAUCCCAACCGCAGCGCUUCAGUUCCGUGACAAACCAGCGCAGAUUGGUGCGGAUGGCCAGCUGGAUGCCAAAGCUGAGGAUGACCAGACAAUUGCCCAGAUGGCUCGUUCUGGUACCGACAAUAAUAACGACGCAAAUGUAGACAAGUGUGUUGCUACGAAAAAUGACGAACAGGAACCCAGUACGAUUGAGGAAACAGCUGAAGCCCCAGAUCCAAAGAAAAGUAAGAAGAAAAAGAGGACCAAGAAGUCGAGAGGAAAAAAUAAGGGAUCAGGAUUCGAGGAGUAUGCUGCCGAUGGCCCUAUCACUGUUGCUGAAUAUGAGGAAAACAAAAUUCGUUAUGACAGGCGCCUCGAGACAGCCAUUCAACGGUUCCAGGCGAAAAGGAGCAUGAACAUUGACCGCAGAAACGUAUUCACAAAAUACAUGUCAUAUGGAGGUGUAGACAUUGGGCCGAAAAUGUUUGAAGGCAACGACCAACGGGAUCUCAUGGACAUGGACUCCGAGGACAUUCUGACUGCCGCAGCGCAAGCCUCAGUCCCAGAAAAUCGUGUUGGUUGGGAUGUGGAUUUUGAAGCUGUUGCAAAAGGCUUUCUCCGCACGUGCGGUUUGCGACGUCGCCAAGGUAGAACUCUGGAAAGCCCAACAAGCGAACUGCUGGGCACCGGGAAAUUUCAACAUGGCCUGUUCAACCUUGUUUGGUGGCCACUUCUACGGUUUUCUACACCGGAGACCAGGCAUGGAGCAAAGAAGCCGGUGCCGAGGGCAUGGCCAGACAGCGUUGCACGCAAGCUACUUGUGUGGAAUGAAACUGGGUUUGAGGUUAUCGCCAUUACACCCGUGAACAACGACGUGCGGGGUUUCUACAAGCAAUAUGCUCCGGAUCUCCAGCCGGUUGGCAAACUUCGAGCAAAGCCGUGGCGCAAUCCUGGGUUGCCUGCGGAGGAUCUACCCCCCAACCAAAAUCAUGGCGCAUACCAUUCACCUCCGUUUCCAGCUAUUGAUGAGUAUGAAUUCUUCGUAGAGCAGAGCAUGCUGAAGUUCUGUUUCGCUGGGAUGAAAGUUGAAACCUCCGUAUGGGAAUUGAACUGUGGUUUUCAAUACUUUGAUAAUGUGAUGGCCGUUUACUGCUCCUUUUACACCAUAUUGCUGAAUGAGAAUAUGAUUGGGUGGAAGGAGCCGAGGGACCUGAGAAGUGAUGCUAUCGUGCCGCAUAAUUCAGAAGCAGAAACACAGGUUGGUGGUGGAGAUGAGGGCCCGGUAAGGUCUGAGGAAGAUGACUAG